AUGUCCUGUUUGAACAACAACAAAAUCUCACAUCAGGCGAGCGAAGGUCAGUCUUUCAGUGAGCAGGCUCGCGUCAUUAUUGAAACAGUCAACUACGUUUUCCUCUGUAACAUCUUCGCUCUGUUCGGCAUCGUGGGAAACAACAUCAACAUCAUCGUCUUCUACAAGCAGGGUCUGACCAGCAGCAUCAACAUCAGUUUCUUAAGCCUGGCCAUCUCAGACCUCUGUAGUCUCGUGGCUCUACUUUGGUUCAACGUCUUAGCUAACCCGCUAUUUAAAAACGCAGAUAUUCCGAUGGUGCCUUCAGAGUUUGAGCACCUGACAGGUGGGUCUCCUCACUCCAGUUUUGCCCGCAUCACCUGUAUGAUCACCGCGUACGUCACAGCCGAGCGUUGCCUGUGUAUCACCUUGCCCCUAAAGAUCAAACAAAUCAUCACCCCCAGACGUGCUGCUCUCAUCAUCUGCUUCAUCUACAUCCUGCAUAUCACGGCCUUGGUACCGGAGUACGUCGCUUUUUACAUCGACUGGAAGUUUUACCCGGAGACCAACAAAACCCUACUGGGUCUCGUCCCCACAGCUCUCUACGACAAAGCUUCGGGAAUUACUUUUCUUCUCUUCGGCGUGUACAUCCUUGUAUCGUUCUCGGCAUUGAUUAUUUUUACGAUUACUUUAAUUGUCAAACUGAGACAAAAAACGAAAUGGAGAAAAGAAUCGACCCACGAUAACAAACAGUCCGAAACUCUGUCCAGCCGAGACCAAAAAUCCAUCAACAUGGUCAUCGUGAUUGCCAGUUUUUUGAUCGUCUGUUACAUGCCAGCUGUCGUGUUUGGUGUGGCGGUUUAUAUCGUCCCAGGUCUGUAUGUCGUCGGGAAGUAUUCCAACCUGUUUUUCGUGACCUGGUCGUUUGCUUUUGCACUGGACUCGUUCAACUCUAGCGUCAGCAUACUGCUCUACAACAAGAUGAGUUCUAAAUAUAGAACAACUUUUCACGAUUUGUUUCUUGUUUGCAGCUCUAGUAAACGACAAGAAACUUGA